AGCUUGGACAAUUUUGGGAGCCUCACCCAUGACGGUCGCGCCAGUCAUGGGGGAGAGCAUGGGCUUCGAGCCGCAGCUGACACCGAGAACUGACCGGCACGUCAGGGGAAGAAAAUGCUGGGUGCAUCUCUGGGUUGGAACCUUCAGCAUCCUCUAUGUGGCAGCCUUGGUCAUGACAGCUUUGCAGUGGUCAGACAGAGGGUUGUGCGUCAGAUCCUGGUGGUGCGUUUCCCGGAUGUAUCUUUGUACCUUCAUCGCUGCGCUGAUGUGGGUAUGGUACCUGUGGCGGAGCACCACCAGAGAAGGUGAAGUCCCCUUGGGGCUCCUAGUCAGCAUUUGGUUCACCACGGGCACCUUAAGCGUUGGGAUGUGCUCCCUGUGCAAUUGGGGCAUGGUGCAGUUUUGGGCGUGGUUGGAUCCACUGUGUUACAUUACCUACCCAGCUGAUAACUGGCCAUGGGAGUACACCUCGACGAGGUGUAUCAUGGUCAAUGCAGUGCAGUGGGUUUUGACCGCAGGCAUCAUUGAGGAGACCUUUAAGUUCGUCUCAUUGUUGAGAUUACGACCAACGCCGACGAGAGUUCUCCAGGGCCUCGAACGAUGUCGUUGUGCUUUGCCCUUCGUGCCCAAAGCCUGGUACAUGCGCUUGGCGGAUUCUCCACUUGCGGUGGCCCUUUGUGGUGUGGCUGCGGGUGGAGGUUUGGCGACCACCGAAAAUUUCAUGUACAUCUUCAGCCGAGAAAGCAUCGACAAAGCCUUUCAGGAGGGCGACUUGGAAUCGGCUUACGGUCGAAUUGCAGCUUCUUUUGCGCAUAUGGUUUGGACAGGGUACGCGGCGUGCGGCCUAGCGAAGUGGCAGUUCUUGCCUGAGGGCGAUCCCGCGCGCCCCAGAAGUCGAGUGCAGUACCUACUGCCUCCCAUCUUUUUGCAUGGCCUCUACAACUGGUGCUCAACCUUGCAGCGCUGUGAAGCCUAUGAGGAGGUGUACCAGGGGCAAGUGUACAAGAGUGAUGGUUGCUACCUUCCCCCGACGUGGCGCAUGGUUUUCAAGGCUGCGCACACAGUCGUAAUGCUCUUGAGCUUUUAUUGGUGGCAUGCAGAAUUUUCCGAGAUCGCUGGUGAUGAGGAGGACAUGGAUGAAACCAUCGCCGCGCAGGCGUGAUGUGUCACCUCACCAAGCUUCCCGUCAGUGAGCUGGCUUUGCGACUGACUGGGAGCAGACCCACCUGACGGAAACACCGCAAUGGGUGGAUGCAGAAAAAGUGAGAGCCAGGGCCGGUUGGAAGACCU